AUGGCCAAGUGGCUCCGAGACUACCUGAGCUUUGGGGGUCGGAGGCCCCCUCCGCAGCCGCCCACCCCCGACUACACCGAGAGCGACAUCCUGCGGGCCUACCGCGAGCAGAAGGAUCUGGACUUUGAGGACCCCUACGAGGACGCCGAUAGCCGCCUAGAGCCGGAUUCCUCCGCGGGGCCCGGGGACUCCAAGGGCCCUGGAGACGCCAAGUACGCCUCUCCAAAGCACCGGCUCAUCAAGGUGGAGGCAGUCGACAUUGCCAGAGCCAAGGUCUUGCUGGGAAGCCCCGGGGAAGAGUUGAAAGUCGACACCGAGUACUCGGACCCCUUUGAUGCCCAGCCCCAUCCACCACCCCCGGAUGAUGGCUACAUGGAGCCCUACGAUGCCCAGCGGGUCAUGAGUGAACUGCCAUGCAGGAGGGUGCAGCUGUAUGACACUCCCUAUGAGGAGCAGGACCAAGAACUGGGAGAUGGGCCCCCUUCAGAGCAGAAACCUCGACAGAGUCGGCUGCCCCAGGAGGAUGAGCGGCCAGCAGACGAGUAUGACCAGCCCUGGGAGUGGAAGAAAGACCAUAUCUCCAAGGCGUUUGCAGUUCAGUUUGACAGUCCAGAGUGGGAAAGAACCUCGGGGUCAGCCAAGGAGCUCCGGAGACCCCCGCCCAGAAGCCCCCAGCCUGCAGAGCGCGUGGACCCGGCCCUGCCCCUGGAAAAACAGCCGUGGUUCCACGGCCUGCUGAGCCGGGCAGAUGCCGAGAACCUCCUGUCACUCUGCAAGGAAGGCAGCUACCUUGUGCGGCUCAGUGAGACCAGCCCCCAAGACUGCUCCCUGUCCCUCAGGAGCAGCCAGGGCUUCCUGCACCUGAAGUUCGCUCGCACCCGAGAGAACCAGUUCGUGCUGGGUCAGCACAGCGGCCCUUUCCCCAGUGUGCCGGCACUGGUGCUCCACUACAGCUCCCGCCCGCUGCCCGUGCAGGGCGCCGAGCAUCUGGCCCUCCUGUACCCGCUGGUCUCACAGACCCCCUGA